AGAAACCUGAUCUCAGAUGCGCCCUUUGCAGUGAUCAGGCUACAGGAGCUGGAGAACCGCCUUCCUGCUGCCUCUCACUCUGCUCUGUGCACCAGGACUAUUCAUCUAAAAUCUUUUUUUUCUGGAUAUUUAUAUUCUCGCAAUAAUGCUUAUUUAGGCUGCGUCCCGAACCGCAUACUAUAUUUAUUUAUUGGCAAAAAAAAUACUACGACGUAUUGUAAAGAUGAAUGCUCGCAUCUGGGAGAUGAAGGAAACACCCUUGGCGAACGCUGCGUUUUGGGCAGCCAGGAAGGGGAAUCUGGCUCUUCUUCAGCUGUUGCUAAACAGUGGCCGUGUGGACAUCGACUGCAAAGACACUUAUGGUACCUCAGCUCUGAUGGUGGCCUCCUACAGUGGCCAUUAUGACUGUGUGAGGGAGCUCAUCAUGCAAGGGGCUGACAUCAACCUGCAGAGGGAGACAGGUUCUACAGCCCUGUUCUUCGCAGCACAGCAGGGGCACAAUGACAUCGUCAAGCUCCUGUUUGAGUUCGGAGCUUCCACAGAAUUCCAGACCAAGGACGGUGGUACGGCCCUAUGUUCUGCCUGCCAGAGUGGUCACUCCAAAGUAGUGGAGACGCUGCUCAAGAAUGGAGCCAACAUCCAUGACCAGCUUAGUGACGGUGCCACUCCCCUGUUUCUAGCCUCUCAGGAAGGUCAUGUGACCAUCGUCCGUCAGCUGUUGUCAUCCGGAGCCAAAGUAAACCAGCCUCGUGAGGAUGGCACCACACCCCUGUGGAUAGCAGCCCAGAUGGGACACAGCGAAGUUGUGAAAGUUCUGCUACUGCGUGGCGCUGAACGAGAUGCUUUCAGAAACGACGGCUCCACUGCACUGUUCAAAGCUGCACACAACGGACACUAUAACGUCAUAGAGGAGCUUCUAAAGUUCAGCCCGUCUCUUGGCCUUCUGAAGAAUGGUUCUACGGUGCUUCAUGCUGCUGUCAUGGGCGGAGAUCUGAAAACUGUGAAGCUUCUGCUGAAUGCAAAUGCCGAUCCUACUUUACGCAAUCAGAAUCAUGAGCUACCAGAGGAUCUCACAAAGAACGAGCGCAUCCUGAGGAUUCUGCGGCUGCAGUUCUUAAAUGGAGAAAGUUGAUGAUUGUUCCUCUUGGCCUUUAGAGUUUUAUAGCCUUUGUUUUUUCUUUUGCCUGACCUAAAAAUGCACUAAAAACCAAGCCAAAAAUGGUGCCUGAUUUUAUUUUCAGCUUUAAAAACCGUCGACAAGAAAUUCAUGAUUGCAAACAAACAGCAUCUUUGUGGAAAAACUGUAAAUUCAUUUUAAUUUGGCAUGCCACACUACUGUUGAAGAUGGUGCAGUUAAGAUCCCUGCUAUAUCUUACAAAAAUGGUGCAACCAUAGAUUUUUAUAGCAAAGAAAACCAUAGCAAAGAAAAAUCAAACCCGGUCUAUCCAUAAUAACUCACCCACAAUCAUAUAGCUGUUUAAGUUUGAAGCUUUAUGCUGUGUUUUUCUGAACUACAGUUAUUGCAUUUGGUAUUUGAAUUUGUUUAACUACUGGUGCUUAAAUAUUGUAAAGUAUUUUGCAAAAUGUAUCUGUGAAAAGUGUGUCAAACUGUAUAUUUGUGAAAUAAAUACUGCAAUGAAA